AUGGAUGAAGACAGUAAAAUAAAAAACGAAUUGGCCGGUGAUCUUACUGGGUUAUUCUUUAAGGCUGCUGAAAAUCUUGGGUUGAAUCAGAUGUCAAAGGAGGUGCGUUUGUCUGAGAAUUGUUUAUUCAUAUGUUUAGACUACUAAUGAAGUGGAUAAGGAAGAUGAAAGCGAGGCCGAAGAUGAGGGCGACAUUUUUGAGGUGGACUAUCUGAUGGACACCAAGGUCAAGAAAGGGAUCCGGUAUUUUCACGUAUGUGAUUUUGAAUAUUCAAAUUGAUUGGGUAUAAUCAUUUUUAUUACUGCUAAAAUUUCAACGAAAUGUUGCCGUUAAUAUGUUUUAUUCAUCUACAGGGUGGGCCACUCGAAGGUGACAGCUUUUUUUGGGUUUUUCGCGGAGACUCUGCCAAAUUUACUAAAUCCGGCAUUGAGGACGUUGAGGCUUGGAGCCCAUUAAUCAGACUGCUAAAAAAACUUUUUUUCCAAAAUUUUGGUAGGGCAUAGAAAGGUCAUUUUAUUUUUUCGAAAUUAAACUGGUUGAAAAUGGCGGAUCUCAGUUCCGAAAAAUCUAAAUUUAAAAAAAUCGGCGGAGUCUCCACGGAGGAAUCCAAAGAAAGGCGACGUCAGGUUCUAGUGGCCCACCCAGUGUGUUUUAUCGAGAACUCACUGCUUAUAUUUGAAUUUUAAUAUUUGUUAACCAGGAACAAAUAUAUUGUAUUGUAGGUGCGAUGGAAAGGAUACGAUGAAUCUGAAGACUCUUGGGAACCCGAAGAGAAUCUUGAGGGUGCGAAAGAUAUUGUCGCCAAUUUUAUGAUAGACUAUAACUCGAAGAAAGGUAAACCGAAAGCAAGAGGUUCUGCUACUCGUCCUCCACCAAAGAAAAGAGGACGACCUUCCAAAUCCGAGGCUUCUGAUCCAGAACCGGAAGAGAAAGAAGAUGAGAAGGAAGAUGAAAGAGAUGAUGACUAUGACGGUGGAAGAACCCCGAGAAAGUAAGUUCUUUUUCCUUGUAAUUUUUUUGGGUAUGAUUUAAUUGAAAGUAAUAAAAUUAAUUCCAGAACCAAAGUGGGCCAUCCUCCAAAAACCGACACUGCGAAUGCGUUUUCCAAGUCUUCAUUGGUGUGUGCGGUUUUGUAGUUGCGGAACUUACGUUUUUUGCCAAUUUAGUCGUAGUAUUUUCGUAUCUCGAUAAAUUGUGUUAAAAUUAAGGCUGUGUGUUUUAAUAAGCGACUGAUUCUUUGUUUUUAGGCAAAUUGUAUUAAAAGAAAGGCUACGACGAGUCAUCUUCGUUGGUUGGACUCCGACUCUGAUGAUUCUGACGACGAUAAGUCUCAGUCAGCGAAGGAAGCAUCCAAGCCAGAUGGUCCAACGUCUACUAAGUCUUUGUCCGCCCUUCCGGAAAGUAAAUCCUUGGUGAAACUUCCAAAUCUUUCCCUUCCAUCGACAUCUCUGCAGGCGGCUGAGUCGACCGCUGAUACCUCUCCUCCUUCCAGUCAAAAAUCGAAGAAGAAAAAGAAGAAGGUAAGGUUGUGAACACAAUAUUUAUUGAUUCAUAAAUGGGCAAGGUAGAUAUAUACAUUUUAGAACAAGAAGCAUAAGGAGCGUGACCGUUCCCGCUCCAGAUCUCGAUCUUCUGAACCGCCUAACCAACCAUCAACGACCUCAAAUUUUGUUUCUCAACCUGGUCAGCCGUGGUUUUUUUAAAAUUCUUGUUUUAUUUAUAGUUAACGAAAAAUUUCUAGGUACUUCUCUCACAUUUUUGGGCGGAUUUUUGUCCGAGGAUUCUUCCGAUAUUAAAUUUGUUGCCAAGAAUCCGAGUAACCAACAGCUGAUUCUCACUUUAAAUGGUAAGACAUCCUCCUUAGAAAAUGUAUUCAAAAUUUAGAUGCAUUCCAAUCUGAUGGCUUAGCCCUUUGCCAGUUCUUGGCCUCCAAGGUCGAGUUCCAGCCCCAAGGCCAGCUCAAGGUCAAACUGAACAAAAUGAAUGGCGUCUGA